CGCGCAGAGCACGAACCGCGCCAAGAGAGCCCUGCAGAAUCGAGCCGAGCCGAGGCGAGGCGGCCCGAGGUGUGGGCAUACGGCAUGCUGGGGAAGGGUGCUGGCUCCGGGACCUAGGAUGUCCUGGGAGGCGAGGGAGAAUAUUCACAGUGUGAAGUUAUGAAUCUUUUGAAGUAUUGAAGAGAUGUGUCAUAGCCUCCUACCAGAUUAUAAGAUUCUUCAAGACUUUGAAUUUCUACCAUAUCUUUGAAAUCUUUUAUUUAAAAGACUUUUUCACCUACUCUUGGGAUUCUCCACAUAUUUCCAGUCUAGUUUCUGGAAGUCUAGUUUUGUUAAAAUAUCAUCCACUUCUUCUGAAGAGCUUUCCUCAGAUUUUGCCUCAUAAUAUUUCUUCAUUGUAUUGAGCCCUCUUAUUUCUCCUUCUAUACCCAAUUUCUUGGUAAUCUUAUCAGUUCCCAUAGAUUUGACUACCAUCUGUAUGCAUAUGACUCCUAGAUCUUUUCAGUCCCAGGCUUUCUCUGUCCUGUGUUGCUUACUGGAUAUUUCAAGCUGGAUAUUUUGGAGAUAUCUUAAAUUCAACAUGACUAACUUAUUAUCUUUCUACUUAACCCCUCUCUUCUUUCAAAUAUCCCUUAUUCUGUUCAAAGCCCUACCAUCCUUCCAAAUGUUUCAUUAACUUCUGUGGGUCACAGUUUAUCCAUCUGUAAAAUGGAUAGAAUAAUAUUUGUACUAACUUCUUCAUAGAAUUGAUUGAGGAUUAAAUGGGAUAAUUCAUAUAUAAUGCAUAAUAAUAUAAUUAUAGUUCACUUAUAUAGCAUUUUAUGGUUUAUAAGACAUUUCAUAUACAUUAUCUCAUUUGAUGUUCUCUUCAGCCCUUUAAUGUAUGUAGUAUUAGCAUCAUUAUGACCAUUUUAGAAAUGUAGAAACUGAGAUCUAGAGAGAUGAAACAGUUUACCAGGUGUCAGGAAAUAGUGGAACCAAGUCUCAAACCCAUAUGUACUCCUCCAAAUGCAGUGUUCUUUUUCUGCUAUAUCUGAGAUGACAGACACUCUACCACUAGACCUUUUCUCAAAGCUCUUCCAGGUGGGUAGGACUAGCCAGAGCCUUUGGGUCACUGGCAUAACCUUUGAGAAAUCAGGAUCCUCACUACACCAUGAUGAAAUGUUAUAGGAGAAGUUUAGUGCCUCCUCAAGAAUUUUGAAAUUUAAGAAAUAGUAUGAUUCAUUUUCAACAAAAUUAUAAGAUAAUAGACUUCCAGGUAAACAUGGCGGCAAUCUAGACGUGAAUUGCUUCCUCUCCCCCAAUCCGAACGAAAUAGACUACCUCAAAAGAGCAUAAAAAUCAUCUUUAGAAGAUCGGAGGGACUCUCCAGCAGCCCACAGCAAUGAAGGUAUGUGGGGUUUGAACACUUCCACACUAUAAGAGGGUGAGAAAGCUUGCUGCCAAGCGUGAGCUGAGCUGAGCUGCCCUCCCCCACCCCAGCGCACUCACCAGAGACAGCGAGUGAGUGAGGAACGUCUCUGUAGUAAGUGGGGAGCACUCCAGGGUCCUUGGAAUCUAAAGAGGACUCCCAGAGAACUACCCCUCAGAGUGGUUUCACUGGAGAGCACGCAGACCAUGGGGGCUCCUGCAAACUGCAAAUGCCAUGGAGGCUCUAGAAACGGCCUGAGGCAAAAUCUCCUCCACUCCUCGCUGUGGGGGGAGGAGGGGGGCAUGCCAGGGUCCCUGGGAACUGACAAGGACUACCAGGGAACUACCCCACAGAGCAGUUUUACAAGGGAAGCCUGCGAGCACAGGAGAGAAGAGACCACUGACUGCAUGGGUGGGCAUGCUAACAAACUUUGGAGGCUAGGAAGAAUCAGCCUGAGGCAAAAACAUCAAAAUACGCCCAUUUCACUCAGAUUUCUGACUGAAAAGGAAAGGGAAAACUACCAAAGGGAUGGCUCAGAGUGCCCAAGAUCAACCCUCCAAGAAGAAAGGGAAAAAAGUGACUAUUGACAACUUUUAGGGAGGGAAAAUCCAGGUUACAGACUAUGGAUGACAAGGUGACAGACCAGGAAAACAGAGGAAGGAGAGACAACUUGAGAAUCAUUGGUCUACCUGAAAAACCAUAGAUUAAUAAAAACCUCAAUGCCAUACUAUAAGAACUCAUCGAAGAGAAUUGUUCUCAAACAAGAGGGCAAAAUAGAAAUUGAAAGAGUUCAUAGAACACUCUCUAUACUAAAUCCCCAAAAGACAACCCCCAGGAAUGUAAUUGCCAAAUUCAAGAGCUUCCAAACUAAUGAGAAAAUAAUACAAGAAGCUAGGAAGAGAAACUUCAGAUACAAAGGCACAUCAAUAAGGAUCACACAUGACCUAGCAGUGAACACACUAAAAGACUGUAAAUCCUGGAACACGAUAUACAGAAAAGCAAGAGAACUGGGUCUUUAACCAAGAAUCAGCUGCCCAUCAAAACUGACUAUAUACUUCCAGGGAAAAGUAUGGGCAUUCGACAAAAUAGAAGAUUUCCAAAUAUUCCUAAAGAAAUGACCAGAACUCAGUGGAAAGUUUGACAUCAAAACACAAAGAGCAAGAGAAACAUGAAAAGGUAAAUAUGAAAGAAAGGGAAAAGGAGAAAAGUGCUUUAUUUUUCUUUUAUUCAAACUCUCUCUUCUAUAAGGGCCACAGUUAGAUCAAAUUAUAUAUACUAACAUAUGGGGGAAAUGUUAUGUGCGACUUCCAAAAAUUGUAUGCAUUAAUAGAGUAAUCAGAAGAAUCACUCAUAGGGAAAGAUUGUGGAAUUAACAUGAUUUUGAGGGGAGGGAGAAAAAAAAGAAAGAAAAAGGAAAGGGGAGGGAAUCAAUGAUGGUACUAAGAUAUACUUGAAGAAAUAGAAAUAAAUUAAAUAGAACAAUCUUUGUCACACAAAGAUAUACACGGGAAGGGGAGGGGAAGAAUCCUCUUAUAAGAAGGAGAGGAAAAGAGAGCCAUUUGGUAAUACUAAAACCUUACUCUCAGUGAAACCAACUCUGAGAGGGAAGAGCAUCUAGAUCCAUUGGGAUCUUGAAUUCUAUCUUAUCCAGCAGCGUAAGGGAGAAGGGAAAACCAAGGGGGUAGAACACAAAAAGGGAGGGAAGGAAAAGGGGGAGGGGAAGGGAACAAAAAGGGAGGGGCUAGAAAGGGGAGCAUAACAAGAGAGAGGACUAGGGGGACUAAUUUAAAAUAAACCACAGGCUUAAAAGGUAAUAGCAAAAGAAGAAACCUCAGAAUUAGGGGAGGAUAUCAAAAUGCUGGGGAACUCACAAAUGACAAUCAUAACAUUGAACGUGAAUGGGAUGAACUCACCCAUAAAACGUAGACGAAUAGCAGAGUGGAUUAGAAUCCAAAACCCUACCAUAUGCUCUCUUCAGGAAACAUACAUGAGGUGGGUAGAAACUCACAAGGUCAGAAUUAAAGGUUGGAGUAAGACCUAUUGGGCCUAAACUGACAGAAAGAAGGCAGGAGUAGCAAUCAUGAUAUCUGACAAAGCUAAAGCAAAAAUAGAUCUGAUUAAAAGGGAUAGGGAAGAUAAAUACAUCCUGAUAAAAGGGAGUAUAGACAACGAGGCAAUAUCACUAAUCAACAUGUAUGCACCAAAUUGUAUAGCACCCAAAUUUCUAAUGGAGAAACUAGGAGAAUUGAAGGAGGAAAUAAUUAUACUAGUGGGAGAUCUGAACCAACCACUAUCAAAUUUAGAUAAAUCAAAUCCAAAAAUAAAUUAAAAAGAGGUAAAAGAAGUGCAUGAAAUCUUAGAAAAAUUAGAGUUGAUAGAUAUAUGGAGAAAAAUAAAUAGGGAUAAAAAGGAAUACACCUUCUUUUCAGCAGCACAUGGCACAUUCACAAAGAUUGACCAUACACUAGGUCAUAAAAACAUGGCAUACAAAUGUAGAAAAGCAGAAAUAAUUAAUGCAACCUUUUCAGAUCAUAAGGCAAUAAAAAUAAUGAUCAGCAAGGGCACGUGGAGAGCAAAAUCAAAAAUCAAUUGGAAAUUAAAUAAUAUGAUACUCCAAAAUCGGUUAGUUAGAGAACAAAUCAUAGAAACAAUUAAUAAUUUCAUUGAAGAAAAUGACAAUGGUGAGACAUCCUUUCAAACCUUAUGGGAUGAAGCCAAAGCACUACUCAGAGGAAAAUUCAUAUCCUUGAGUGCAUAUAUUAACAAAUUAGGGAGGGCAGAGAUCGAUGAAUUGGACAUGCAAAUCAAAAAACUUGAAAGCGAACAAAUUAAAACCCCCCAGAAGAAAACCAAAUUAGGAAUCCUAAAAAUUAAGGGAGAAAUUAAUAAAAUUGAAAGUGGUAGAACUAUUGAAUUAAUAAAUAAGACAAGAAGCUGGUACUUGAAAAAAACAAACAAAAUAGACAAGGUACUGGUCAACCUAAUUAAAAAAAGGAGGGAAGAAGAGCAAAUUAACAGUAUCACAGAUGAAAAGGGAGACCUUACCUCCAAUGAAGAGGAAAUUAAGACAAUCAUUACAAGCUACUUUGCCCAAUUAUAUGGCAAUAAAUAUGCCAAUCUAGGUGAUAUGGAUGAAUAUUUACAAAAAUAUAAAUUGCCUAGACUAACAGAAGAAGAAAUAGAAUUCUUAAAUAAUCCCAUAUCAGAAAAAGAAAUCCAACAGGCCAUCAAAGAACUCCCUAAGAAAAAAUCCCCAGGGCCUGAUGGAUUCACUAGUGAAUUCUAUCAAACAUUCAAAGAACAGCUAACCCCAAUACUAUACAAACUAUUUGACAUAAUAAGCAAAGAGGGAGUACUACCAAACUCCUUUUAUGACACAAAUAUGGUACUGAUUCCAUAGCCAGGUAGAUCAAAAACGGAGAAAGAAAACUACAGACCAAUCUCUCUAAUGAACAUAGAUGCAAAAAUCUUAAAACAGUAUACUAGCAAAAAGACAUCAGCAAGUGAUCAGGAGGGUCAUUCACUAUGAUCAAGUAGGAUUCAUACCAGGAAUGCAGGGCUGGCUCAAUAUUAGGGAAACCAUCGACAAAAUUGACCAUAUCAACAAGCAAACCAACAAAAAUCACAUGAUUAUUUCAAUAGAUGCAGAAAAAGCCUUUGAUAAAAUACAACACCUAUUCCUAUUAAAAACACUAGAAAGUAUAGGAAUAGAAGGAUAUUUCCUAAAAAUAAUAAACAGUAUAUAUCUAAAACCAUCAGCAAACAUCAUCUGCAAUGGGGAUAAACUAGAUGCAUUCCCAGUAAGAUCAGGAGUGAAACAAGGAUGCCCAUUAUCACCUCUAUUAUUUAACAUUGUACUAGAAAGACAACAUGGCCAUCCAAUGCAGCUGAGGAAGUCUCCAGGUGUAAUGAUUUUUUGUGCCAAUGGACCCAGGCUUCCAACGCUGAGAGAGUGGGACUGUCUCUGUGCAUCGACUUUUCCACUUAAAUCUCCUUCACGCACAAGUGUUUUUGUGCACACUCAUCUACAUCAUAGAUGAAAGCGCACAAAGACAAUUGUCAUCCUCGGUUACGGAGAGACUACUACUACUAGAAACAUUAGCAGUAGCAAUUAGAGAAGAAAAAAUAAUGAAAAAAAAUACAAAGGAAGGUGACCUUGCAGUACCAGAUCUCAAACUAUACUAUAAAGCAGUGGUCAUCAAAACAAUUUGGUACAGGCUAAGAGACAGAAAGGAGGAUCCGUAGAAUAGACUUGGGGUAAGUGACCUCAGCAAGACAAUCUAUGACAAACCCAAAGACCCCAGCUUUUGGGACAAAAAUCCACUAUUUAACAAAAACUGCUGGGAAAAUUGGAAGACAGUGUGGGAGAGAUUAGGUCUGGAUCAACACCUCACACCCUACACCAAGAUAAACUCAGAAUGGGUGAAUGACCUGAACAUAAAGAAGGAAACUAUAAGUAAAUUAGAUGAACACAGAAUAGUAUACAUGCCAGACCUUUGGGAAGGGAAAGACUUUAAAACCAAGCAAGACAUAGAAAGAGUCACAAAAUAUAAAAUCAAUAAUUUUGAUUACAUCAAAUUAAAAAGUUUUUGUACAAACAAAACCAAUGUAACCAAAAUUAGAAGGGAAGCAACAAAUUGGGAAAUAAUCUUCAUAACAAAAACCUCAGACAAAGGUCUAAUUACUCAAAUUUAUAAAGAGCUAAAGCAAUUGUACAAAAAAUCAAGCCAUUCUCCAGUUGACAAAUGAGCAAGGGACAUGAAUAGGCAGUUUUCAGCCAAGGAAAUCAAUACUAUUAAUAAGCACAUGAAAAAGUGUUCUAAAUCCCUGAUAAUCAGAGAGAUGCAAAUCAAAACAACUCUGAGGUAUCACCUCACACCUAGCAGAUUGGCUAACAUGACAGUGAAGGAAAGUAAUGAAUACUGGAAGGGGAUGUGGCAAAGUCGGGAUAUUAAUUCAUUGCUGGUGGAGUUGUGAAUUGAUCCAACCAUUCUGGAGGGCAAUUUGGAACUAUGCCCAAAGGGCAAUAAAAGACUGUGUGCCCUUUUUAUCCAGCCAUAGCACUGCUGGGUUUGUACCCCAAAGAGACAAUAAGUAAAAAGGCUUGUACAAGAAUAUUCAUAGCUGCGCUUUUUGUGGUGGCAAAAAAUUGGAAAAUGAGGGGAUGCCCUUCAAUUGGGGAAUGGCUGAACAAAUUGUGGUAUAUGUUGGUGAUGGAAUACUAUUGUGCUAAAAGGAAUAAUAAAAUGGAGGAAUUCCAUGGAGACUGGAAUGACCUCCAGGAAGUGAUGCAGAGUGAGAGGAGCAAAACCAAGAAAACAUUGUAUACAGAGACUGAUAUACUGUGGUACAAUCAAACGUAAUGGACUUCUCCAUUAGUCUCAAUGCAAUGUUCCUGAACAACCUGCAGGGACCAAGGAGAAAAAAACACCAAGAAAAAAAAACCCCACAAGCAGAGGACAAACGGUGGGAGUAAAAACGCCAAGGAAGGACAACAGGUUGACUACAGGGUGGAGGGGAUAUGAUCAAGGAGAGACUCUGAUUGAACACCCUAAUAUGGAAACCAAUAGCAUGGAAAUGGGCUUGGGUUGAGGACACAUGUGACACCCAGAGGAAUCAU